CACACUGGUCCGCGCCCGGCCGGAGCCACCACACAACAAGACGCGCGUCCGUCAGGCCAGGGGCCCAGGAACGUCAGAGCCGCCCGAGUGUCGAGUCCAGCGCGCGCGAGGGUGCCGACGACCGGCCGAGGGACGCAUCGCGAGCGCGUGAGCAGGUGCGGGAGUCACCCCGGGGAAGGUCCACGCCGUCGUCCGGGACAGCGGGUGCCGCGGCCACCCGCGCAGCGCGCCUCAGGGCGCGAACAGCAGCAGCAGCAGCGCGUCGUAAGGCGCAUACGGCUGCACGCAACCGCCCGCGGGGCGUCGCAGAUCCCCCCGGUGGACGUGUUCGUCAACCCCGACACAGAUCAUGCGGCAGUCGGAGCUGGGCGCCGCCGUCGCCCUCCUCUUCAUACAGCUGACGCGCUCCGUUGUGGGCCAUGGCCGCCUCAUGGACCCGCCGGCCAGGAACAGCAUGUGGCGCUUCGGCUUCCCCAACCCCGUCAACUACAACGACAACGAGCUCUUCUGCGGCGGCUACGCAGUGCAAUGGGACCAGAACCAGGGGCGCUGCGGGGUGUGCGGCGACCCUUGGCAGCUGGAGACGCGGCCGCACGAGGCCGGGGGGCAGUUCGCCAAGGGCAUCAUCGGCAGGAGGUACAGCUCGGGACAGGACAUCGACAUUGAGAUCGAGCUGACGGCCAACCACUGGGGAAGGUUCGAGCUCAACCUGUGCCCCAACAACAACCCCGCGUACGAGGCGACACAGGGCUGCUUCGACAGGUACCCUCUCUACAUAUCCGGGACGCGCGACCGGGCCUACCACAUCCCGCCCAACACGAAGAAGAAGGCCGUGCUGAGGUACCGGGUGCGACUGCCGCCCUUCGUCACCUGCACGCAGUGCGUCAUGCAGUGGACCUACUUUACAGGCAACAUGUGGGGGACGUGCCCCAACGGCACCGAGGCGGUCGGCUGCGGCAAGCCCGAGACCUUCCGCAACUGCGCCGACCUGAGCAUCACCACGUCCGUCGGCGGCGGGCUGCCGCCAGAGUUCGCCGGCUCGGACAACCCCUUCCUGCUGUACGUCCGGGACCUGCGCGCCCCCAACUAUGUCUUCCCCCUCGUCAUCAGAUCGCAGGUGUGCGUCGCGACGCCCUGGUACCGCAGUAUACCCGGAAUGGACAGCUGGUGCGAGACCAACUGCCUGCGCUACCCGCCGAACUGCCCGCCGUCCGUGUGCCACUGCCCCGAGUCCUGCGAGGGUAUAGGCGACCUGGCCGGCAAGGAGGGUGCAGACGUCUACUGCCAGGACAAGUGCAUCGUCUACCGGUCCGUGAGCGAGUGCCCAACCCACCGCUGCAGAUGCUACUGACACUGACGCGCAUUUCCUUGAAAUCCCAUACGCCUAAUUAUUUCGAAUUACCGGAAGAGCGUUCUGGUCUGCGAGAAGCACUGGCUAGACAAAACCAAGAAGUGGCGACCUCCUACAUCUCUGUCAUCUCAUCUCGCAGACGGGCACUCACACUAUGGUGCUUGAUUUUGUUUUGGGGCAGACAAGUUUGUUGGGAUGCAAUAACUAGUACGACUGUGUUUAAGUCAGUUCAGUUAGAGUUUUCGGUGGCUUUUAGCUGAUUGACUUUAGAUUAGGAAAAAUAGUGUACCUGCAUAUAGAAGUUCAGUUUGUUAACAAACUGUCAGAAACAUGAUAAACAGGUUUUCAGAUUUGUUCUGUUCUGUGGAUUCCUGAUGGACAAUAUUAGUUAAUCGAGUUCCUCAAUUUUUUCAGCAGCAAAGUUUCAUUGAAACAAUAAAAAGGAGAAAAUUGAUGGAGAUCACAAUUGUAUAAACUAAUUUAAUUACAAGUAAAAGCUUUAAAAAAUAUCCAACAAGAAUAAAGGAGGAUAAUUACUUCAAAACAACA